AAUCCAACAUGGCGGGAGGAAGAACCCCCUUGCUUUUGCUUUGCUAUAAAUUGGGCAACAACCUCUUUUUCCAUUGCUAAUUUAACCACCAUAAAACUAGUGCAAACUUUGCUAAGUAAGCUUUUCCACUCUUUUUCUUUUCAAUGGCGAUUCCGGUGAUUGAUUUUUCUAAGCUCAAUGGCGACGAGAGGGCCAAGACAUUGGCUGAGAUUGCAAAUGCAUGCGAGGAAUGGGGUUUCUUUCAGUUGGUGAACAAUGGGAUUGCAGAGGAGCUGCUGGAGAGAGUGAAGAAGGUUUCAUCAGAGUUCUAUAAGGUGGAAAGGGAAGAGAAUUUCAAGAACUCAAAGGUGGUGAAUUUGUUGAAUGAAAGUGGCGAUGGAAAGUUGGAGAAUGUGGAUUGGGAAGAUGUUAUAACUUUGACGGAAGAUAAUGUCAGUGAAUGGUCAUAUCAAACAUCGGGAUUUCAGGAAACCAUGAAGGAAUUCAGAUAUGAGUUGAAAAUAUUGGCUGAAAAAAUCAUGGAAGUAAUGGAUGAAAACUUGGGGUUACCAAAGGGGUACAUGGAGAAAACUUUCAAUGGUGAAGGAGGUGAAAACAAUGCAUUCUUCGGCACCAAGUUGUGCCACUAUCCGCCAUGCCCGAACCCUGAGAAGGUCACUGGUCUUCGGGCCCACACCGAUGCCGGUGGCGUCAUCUUACUCUUCCAAGAUGACGAAGUGGGCGGCCUUCAAGUACUUAAAGAUGGGGAAUGGAUCGAUGUUCAGCCAUUGAAGAACACGAUUGUUAUCAACACUGGUGACCAAAUCGAAGUCCUCAGCAAUGGGCGAUAUAAGAGUGCUUGGCACCGUGUUUUGAGCACCAUUGAUGGCAACAGGCUAUCCAUUGCGUCGUUUUAUAAUCCUUCACUUAAAGCCACCAUUGCUCCUGCACCACAACUGGUGAAGGAAACGAAUGAAGAAAUGGAUAAAACUUAUCCCAAGUUUGUGUUUGGUGAUUAUAUGUCUGUUUAUGUUCAGCAAAAAUUUCUCCCUAAAGAACCAAGGUUCCAGGCUGUAAGGGCCGUGUAAUACGAAGAAGAUAAUAAGCUGUAAAACAUGAAAUUAUAUAUGAUCUUUUUAUUUAAAGGAAAAAAAAUUACAUAUAUAUAUAUAUAUAUGUAUA